AUGGCAGACGAAGAAGACGCGGACGGGUUGAUAGAGGACAACCCAAUAAAUGUAAUUGGCCGAAUUCUAGAAGCAGUCCAAUUUGCUGCCAUAAAACAUAAGGACCAGCGAAGAAAAGACCCCGAGGAAACUCCAUACAUUAAUCAUCCCAUCGGAGUAGCUUAUAUUCUUUGGAAAGAGGGCGGAAUUCAUGACUCCCGAGUGCUUCAGGUGAGCUUGCGGCCAAACCGGCAACUGGAUAUGAUUUUAUGUAAGGUUAGCUAUUUAGCCCAUUCCAAUCUCUUAAUACUAACAUUUUUGGAUAGGAAAACGUUUUAACAGUUUGACAAGCCUGGGUUUUUCUAUUCAUUGUCUGAUUAAUCUGCGCCUAAUCGAAUUAAAUUGAACGUGCUUGGUGUUUGUUUGCAAACUGGUUGAUAUUAGUUUCGAGCUGAUUCAAAAAUGAAGAGAGUUUGCGGAAACUGUCAGGUUAAAAGUGUCGAUAGAUGUAUAUUUUGGGGGAGGUUGGACACUUGUUGGAGGUUUUUGGAAUUUGACGUGCUGAGGAGCUGCGAGCAGUGAGGUGCAAAAGUCGUACAGUGAUCUUGUAUCCCUGUGUUUUAGGUAUCCCCUACCAGACCUUCCAAACCCUAAACCAUGCAAAUCUGGAGUGUUUGAAAAGAAGCCCUAAAAAAACCUGGAGAUUGGCACCUCAAACCUGGAGGUUUACAAAAUAUGAGUCAAACAAAACUAAAAAGGCAGGUUAUUUUUGUCAUAGUAUUCUUUCCCCCAUUAGAUAUAAUUUGCUCCACUCACUUUUAAAUGUUGUACGAUAUUUGGCUGCUCCCGUCUAGCUGAGGCUCUGAAAUCUCUGAGUAAUUAAGUUUGAGAUUCUGUUUCACUAUCCAGGCUGAUAGGACAUUUGAGUUUGCUUUAAGGCUUUGCCACAGACCUUAGCUGAUCUAUGUUUCAUGGGAAUGAGGUUGGAAUUGGACCCCGAUCCCCCAAAAUAAAUUGAUACAAUUUGCCAUUUUGAAUACAGAUUUUUUGAAAUCACGCGAUUCCCAUUGUCUGACACUUUCAAGAUUUUUGGAUACACCAUGAGAUUAAGAGGCUACAUCGCGAGACUGUGUGUUGACAGUCCAAACUGUGAGAGUUGGAGGGUCUGCCAUACCCAACAACAACAACAAGCAACAAAUGUUAUUUAAACUCAUUUGCUAAUAAUUUAAUUACGUAUAGUUUUCCCACCAAGAAAUAACUAAGGAACUAAUUGAGGCAGGGGAAAGGAAACUAAGACAUAUUUACAUUAAAGUUAUUGGUUCAAUAAGAAUGGACCAGACAACAAUCCUCAGUGUUUUUGGUAUCCCUGUUUACCCUCCCUAAAGGUUAGAGUGUUACUCGUGACACAGUAGAGACCUUAAGAUCCGAGGACGACAAUGGCAGUGAAAGGGUCACUAAAAAAGUGAAUUUACGUUCCUUCAAUCUUGAUUCUUCAUCGAGAUUACUCCAGGUCACUAACUUUGUCAAACGUAGGUGAACCCUCCUAAAGUUGAAUUCCUAAGAACCAUAUCCAAGUUCAGAAAGAGCUGAGCGGAAAUUUCAUCGUCACUUGUGCACUUCCUCUGUAAAACUUGAAAUUCGGCAUUUUCAACCCUUAUCCAUGCAGUGACAGCAAAGAAAUGUACAAACAAGCAUGAUGCACGGGGGGCUGGGGUUCCCCCCCCCUCCCGGGUACUAUGAAUGAGGCCCCCGGCUACUUUAAAGGAAAAUAGAAGAAAAAUAUAACCAAAAGAAACCCAUAGCUGUUUGAUUCCCCGCCUACUUGUUGUAUUUACCCAGCACCUUGAAAUCUUUGUGACAACCCUGCUCUCAAACCACUGACUGUGACCUAGGAACUUGUUGUGGGCCAUUAACUAUGUUCAUGUGUGAAAUACAUCUUGUAUGCUGCUCGAAUCUACAAAGCUAUUCUAGAAAUCAACGAAAACUAGAUUUUUACUCACAAAAACAUAGCACUCUUUAGGGUGCAAAGAAAGUCAGUUAUUAAUCUUGCCCUUCUGGCUUUCUUAAAAAAAUGUUUUGAUGACCAGGAUUGACUACUGUUCUUCUAUAAUUUGAAUUCCUCAAAAAAUUCACUUGCCUGUUGGACAAGUGAAGAACAGAUUUUUUUGCUGUGAUAGCAAAAUCCACUAGCAUCGGGCUAUCGAACACAACUUUCUUUGCACUCUGAUCUUAUGACAAAAUAGCUAAAGUGGGAUUUUAAUGUUCUUUUUUGUUAUAUUUGUACGCUAUUUUGUUGAUAAGGGAGCCAUUCUUCAUGAUACUGUUGAAGACACCAAUACCACUCUUGAUGAAAUAGAAUCCAAAUUUGGCCCUGAAGUGCGACACAUUGUGAGUGAAGUGACAGAUGAUAAAACUCUGCCAAAAAUGGAACGUAAGAGGCUUCAGAUAGUGCAUGCAAAAAGUUGCAGGUUUGUAGGAAUUUUGUUCCAAAGUUUGUAUAACAUUCUGAAGUUAAUUUAAAGCAGGUGUUUGUGGUGGCUGGCCUGCAAAUGCAGACUGAUUUCUGGGUGUUUGCUCUUUCCUCCUAAGUGCACCAUAAGUGGUGGUAUAUCAUGUUUUCUUCAAUGAACCAGUCAGUUUAUAUGCAGACUUUUUUUAUGUGACGUACUAUAUCUUACCGAAUAGAUCAUGAGGAUUUUUCUGUCUGUGAAAAACAAUUAGGAAAAACUCGUUCAUUUAUCUAGCAUAAAGCAAAUAAUAUUGUAACUAGCCUGAGUUCCUGUGCUAAUAAAUUCCACUCAGCCCACAUGUGGAUACAGGUCAGAUUUUAAGCCACUUUGGUUCUUAGGUCAAACCACUUUUGUGAUAAGAAAGGGAAAGAACACUCCCAGAAAGAUGGGCUUAAUUUACAUCUGUAGGUGUGGGUGUAACAUGACCUUUUAGGAUAAGGAGUUUGGGUUUAAGUUACAUGAUGUUUGGUCAAACUUGAAUAUGUGCAAAUUAAAUCCUCCUCUCCCUGCAGAUAUUAUCUUCAUGGUAUUUAAACUGUUGCUAAAAAUUGUAUUUUUUAAGAAUAGGACUGUAGACUGAGGCUGCAGUUUCAUUGUCUUUAGGGUGCUUGGUGCUUUAGUCAUCCUAUUCAAGACUAUGCUUACAAAUCAGUCAUUUAUGCAGUGUUAACGUAACCUUUAGUAAUUUAAGAAACUCAUAAUUAUUUGCAAGUAUUAUAAAUUAAACAAAGUCUUUUCACUUAAUAUUCAUUUCAGCCAUAAAGCCAAACUGGUGAAACUUGGUGACAAACUGUAUAAUUUAAGAGACCUCAAUCGGGUUACACCAGAAGGUUGGACGAAAGAGAGAGUUACUGAGUACUUCCACUGGGCGCAUAAAGUUGUUGAAGGGCUUAAAGGAACUAAUGAAGCUUUAGAAAGAGAGCUUUAUAAACUGUUUGUUCAGCGCGGUAUUGUCGAGAAAUCGGGGUCUAAUAGUCCUUGAGUUUGAAACAACUCUUGUGGUUUGUUUCCGGUUAGCUGUAGUUUUUAUUGCGGUUUAUCUACUUCAUUAUACUUGAUACUAACAGGCCACUUCCGAGUUCCAAAAACUCUCACUUUCAAAAUGAGGCUAGGUGUACAACCUUUCUUGUGAAAAUGAGUUUAUUUGCAUGAGAAUGAAAAAUGAUUUCUAUAUCAAAGGCCGCGCAGUUACCCUCGUUUUGAAACAGAGGCCCGGGGGAACUCGGAAAUAGCCUAUUGGUUCUCAGAUUAGAAAAAAGGGCGUUGUGUACAUGUGGUUGAAAUAUAUACAUGUUAUUUAACUUUUCAGUGUACAGUAUGCAACUAGAUGUUAAAAACAUUGAUCUGCUGUAUUAAUUGUUUUACUUUGGCUCCCAAAUAACGAACAAACUCAAUUUGUUGCGGAUUAUUACAGACGGUUUUAAAAAUUGGACGGUACAUACUGUAUAAUGCAAAUGAUCGAUUGAUUUUUACAAAGUUUAUAAAAAUGUGCGUUGAAAAGGGACGAAAAACGUACGAAAAACCAGACGUUUCAAGGGUGCUCCCAGGCUCAGUACUUUAAGACAACUCAAAAAACACACGC